UGCGGGCAUCCUUCGAGAGCGAGACACCGGGUUUCUCAGUCAAGCUGGGACAACAAUUGCUGGGCUGUUCUGCUGUUUGUUUAUCUUUCCCUUUUUCUGCUAAAUAAAUCCUCUGGAGCAUUGUUGGGAUCAUGAAGGAAAGGAGAAAUACACAACCGCUGGUGGUGAGAUGUAAACUGGUUCUUGUGGGAGACGUUCAAUGCGGAAAAACGGCGAUGUUGCAAGUCCUGGCGAAGGAUUGUUAUCCAGAGACCUACGUGCCCACGGUGUUUGAAAACUACACAGCCUGUCUGGAACUGGAAGAGCAGCGAGUGGAGCUCAGUCUGUGGGACACUUCAGGUAACCGAUCACCUUUUCCGUGUGCAUGUGGUGGCUCUGCUAUGGCUAAGCAGCUGGGUGCAGAGGCUUAUCUCGAGUGCUCGGCGUUCACCUCGGAGAAGAGCAUUCACAGCGUAUUCCGCACCGCUGCGAUGGCCUGCAUCAACAAGCUGCAGCCUCUCCCCAAGCCCAGCCCCACCCGACGCCUCUCCAAAAGACUUCUUCACCUGCCCAGCAAGUCAGAUUUGAUCUCCACCACCUUCAAGAAGGAGAAGGCCAAGAGCUGCUCGGUAAUGUGAGUGGAGACCUCUUGGGUUACCGUCCUCACAUUAAACCCACAUCCCCUGCGUCUUUGGUCUCGGGGAAGGGGGGGUGGGCACGAUGGUUUUAUCAGGGUUACCUGCUGAAUCCUUCCCUCACCCCCCCAAGAAACCAAACACCACUCAGAAGAGGUGGACACUUCGCUGUCCACUUGCUCCUGAACCUUUUAGUGCACCUCCAUCCUUUUCCACUGUUUAUUUUUUUGUUUGUUUGUUAGUUUGUUUUUUUUGCUUUCGAACAAACAAUAUCAGUCGAGGUUUGAUCACCAAGCUACCAUUUUAUUUUCACCUGUGAACAGUAUGCAACUACAAUGGUGUUACAUCUGUCUAAUUUUACUAUCUAUAGGCACAUGUUGAUUUUGUCCGAAAUGGAAAUGUGCAACGUGUGACGUUUAAUCUUGUGAUGUAAAUGCCUCUCGGAAAAUUCAGUGGAUAUUUUCUUUUAAAUCAAAAAAUAAAUCUAGCAUGAAACCACCAGGAAACAGCAAAAUCCUGUACAUCCCUCUUAGUAAGGUGUGUGGGGUGUGAAAUAGCGUGUCACUGGUUUCCCCAUUUACUGGAAGUACAUAGCAUAGAUGUACAGGGAGCGAUGGGACAAACCGUGAGAGCUAUUACAUAGAGAGAUGUUCUUAUUGUCUCGGCAGUGAUGACAGCAGGGAUGAGAGCAGUGAGCACAGGCUGCUGCGCUUACAGCAGUCUAGACUACGUCAGCCUGCACGGAUUCUUGAUGCAUGGCUGCGUAGCUCUGGAUCGUGUUGCUCUGCAAGCUUUCAGUGGAAUAACUGGAAGAUGCUGAAGAGGCUCCGUGUACACAAAGCGACUGCAGAAAUGCGGAACGCACACAAAAUAUAAGCAGAGGUUUAGCUGGACUUCCAGGGUGUCUUUUAUCACUGCUGGAGUCUGGUGGGUAGACACAUUUAAUUGCUCUUGUGGUGACCAGGAGCUUAACCACAGUCGGUUCAAUGUUGAGCUUAGCUUUGCUUUGCCUGUUGAUUAUUGAACCGUGGCUGGUUAUCGAUACGAGUUAAGGUGUUAGGAGGCAUAUCUACAAAGAAUAAGAUCGCUCCUACAUGGAAGUCAGACUGACCUGAAAUGGUUUGUAUUUUCAGACACUCUUCAGUAAAAAAUCUGUAGCAUUGCAUUGUUGACAGUUUUUCAACAAUUCUCAAAUGGUAUGCAGUUUUGAAAAAAAUGCCUUUCAUAUUGAGUUCCCAGAAGAUUUUUGAAUACUGUAAUUACUGUAAUAUGCCUGUGGAUUCCUCACAUUUGCAUCAAUGCAAUGUAGCACCCUCAACCUGAUUCAAUUCUUCCAAAAAGGACUGAUUUUUGUUUUGCACACACUUGUAAAAUCUGUUCACAUCCAAUAAGCAGCACUUACUGUAGGUUACAAUGCAAAAAAA